AUGGGCAUCCAGGACUUUGCUCACGCAAGCCCAUUACAGGGUGACUGGAGUGACUUUACAGGCACGGAGCAUAAUCUGCCUGUCAUUAUCAAAUUCUCCAGGCCACACCCUAUGGAAACGCAAGAAAGUGGAAAUGACUGUGUUGUGCUAGAAAUAGAAACGAUUCAGGAAAGGGAAACCAUCUUCGUCGAUACGUCCAGUGACCCGGAUAUCAUCAGUCUUGGUAGACACUUGGCAAUUGCGAGCGACCUCGCGUGUGCGGACCGCUAUCAUACAGCUAAGCUACCGACUGCAUGCUAUCAGUCUACUCUUCGGUGCUUCGGGAACCACACAUCAUUUCAGCUGGAGACAGUGAUUUUAUGGAGGGAUUCUCUAGAUAUCACGGACUACCAGAGACUACCUGAUGCGGCCUCAGCAGCAUUCUUUAGGUACGUUCUGGGGGAGGAUAAGGAUUAUGAUCCCUUCAGGAUACGCAGGACCCGGGGGCCUAUAGCGAGGGGAGACGGUUGGACGCCUCAGGAUUUCUACGACAACGUUCAUGUCCCUCGGAAUACGCCUGAACUUUCAGCACCUGUUAAAUGCGACUUGACGGAAUGUGAGCUAUUUCCAUUCCAGCGGCGUGCGGUGCGGUGGCUUCUAAAUAGAGAGGGAAAAGAGCUCAAUUCCAACGGUCAGGUGGUUCCAUUAGAGAAUCGUUCGAAAAUCGGCUUGCCCGAUUCAUUCCAGCAGAUUACCGAUGCGGAUGGAAAGGUCUGUUUUGCUAGCCAUUUAUACAUGGUAGUAACGCGUGACCUUUCUGGUUGGUAUAAUGUUAACGAACAUCUCAAGGGUGGAGUCUUGGCUGAGGAGAUGGGUCUGGGAAAGACUGUAGAGAUGAUUAGUUUGAUGUGUUUGAACCGCCGGAUACUGCGCCCUGAAGAAACCUUUGCGGAGCCCGGAAGCAAUGGUCUGAGACCAUCUGGAGCGACUCUAAUUAUAACACCGCCGGUAAUACUGGGACAGUGGAAACAGGAGAUCGAGCUGCAUGCCCCGAAACUCCAGGUUUUCCAUUACACUGGAAUACAACGGCAUCCAACAUUGUCAGAUCAGGAGCUAGUCGAACUUAUGGCUGACAAUGAUGUUGUGCUCACGACAUACAAUGUGCUGGCGCGUGAGAUCCACUAUGCCGGUGUUGCCCCAAAAAGGAAUCUCCGGCAUGAGAAGCGAUUCGAGCCCAGAAAGUCGCCGCUGAUCAAGAUAUCGUGGUGGCGGGUAUGCUUGGAUGAGGCUCAGAUGAUCGAGAGUGGCAUCAGUAAUGCAGCCAAAGUUGCUCGACUUAUCCCUCGCCAUAUAGCAUGGGCUGUGACAGGAACGCCGCUUCGGAAAGAUGUCACCGAUUUGCUCGGACUACUGCUCUUCCUUCGGUAUGAACCUUUCUGCGGGCCCAUAUGGAAAAGGUUAUGUGAUGCCACGUUCAAGCCAGUUCUGGCUCGCAUCGUUAAUACUAUCACUCUAAGACACAGCAAAAAUUUUAUCCGAGAAGAGCUACAUCUGCCACCUCAGAAAAGGAUUGUUAUCACAGUACCCUUUACCGCAGUAGAAGAGCAAAGCUACAGACAGCUCUACGAGGAGAUGUGCGAGGAUUGCGGACUUGAUAGUUCGGGGUCACCUCGCAACAAUGAUUGGAACCCGAAUGAUCCCUCGGUUAUAGAUAGGAUGCGAAGCUGGCUUGUGCGGCUUCGGCAGUCUUGCCUCUAUCCUACCGGAAAUCGGCGUAAGGUAUUCGCUGCUGGUAACGGCCCAUUACGAUCGGUCAAUGACGUUUUGGAGGUGAUGAUCGACCAGAACGAUGCUCUCAUACAUGCUGAGGAACGCUCUCUUCUCCUCUCGCAACUUCGGCGUGGCCAGCUACUAGAAAAUGCUAAGCUUAAAAGAGAGGCCCUCAGCCUCUGGAAGAAUUCCCUUCAUCGUGCGAGUGAUACCGUUCAGCAAUGCCGGGAGAGACUUCAGACGGAACGAAAGAAGCAGCUAACGCCUCUAGCUAAUGGAGCGCAUGAUGAAAGGCUGUCCUUCAGUGACGAUGAAAGUGAGGAAACCGAGAAAAACUCUCGACUCCAUGUAUUCCGCCAGCGACUACGAACUGCGCUCGAGGUCGAACACAUUGCUGUAUUCUUCACAGGAAAUGCUUAUUUUCAGAUAAAAUCCGAUCAUGAACUCACCAAACCCGACUCUGAGGAGUUUCAGGCGUUGACAAAGUUAGAGGAGGAGGCUUACGCGAAAGCCAAAUUAAUCCGACAAGAAAUGCUGACUGAGAUUUCCCGGAAAGCUAAGCAUUACGUGAAGAGAAUCAAAGAGAAAGCCGAGAAGAAAGAUUUCGUGGCUAUUCCGGAAAUGAAGCUUCAUAUGUACAGUAAAGGGCUUGAAUCUCGUCGUGUGUUCGAGCGACUUCAGGAUUUCUGCGAUAUGAUGAAUGACCACGCUGCCCAAUACAAGGAAUGGCGUGAGAAAAUGGUCAAGCUCCUUUCACAAGCACUCAUUGAUCAAGAGGACGAGUCUGAGCUUGAGGGCGACGAGUAUGAAAAGUCUACAAAGCAUCAGGAUGAGAUGUAUGUCUACAUGGAAGCGCUCCGUGCAUUAUUUGCCGACCGUCACGAUGCUUUGACAGGACAGAAGAACGUGCUUAUUGCCCAUGAAGUCAAAGUCGCGAUUUCCCAAGCGCAGAAAGGAGAAGGGCCGUCCCCGACACUCUACCUCGAGGUCAUGAAAAGACGGAAUGAAGUAAAACCUGGCCCCGACCUCGGCUCUCUGCGCGGGGCUAUUGCUGAACUUCGUAGUCUUGGGUCCUCGCUGGAAUGGCAGGCCAACGACGGGAGCACAAGAGCUCGCGCUGAGCUUGAAAUCCUCACAAAGGUGCUUAAGAACGUCACGGACAUUUCUACGGAGCAAACAAAGAUUGCGUCCAACCUGGAAAGGGAAGUAGAGAUGUUUCGAGACACUAUGAAUAACCGCCUAGAGUACUAUCGUCAGCUGCAGCAAAUUUCCGACACUGUGGCACCUUACGAUGAAGAAAGCACCGGCAAGCCUCUUGACCGUGGUCUCUUUGCUGAGAAGCUAGAGCAAGAAAAGGCCAUGGAGGAAAAGAUAUCUUCCCUAAAAGCAAAGGGCCGCUAUCUUAUUCAUCUACGAGAUGAAACAAGCCCGGAUGAGAACUCCAAAAUCUGUAUUAUAUGCCAAGGGACUUUUGAAAUUGGUGUUCUGACGGUAUGUGGUCAUAAAUAUUGUAAAGACUGCUUACGUCUCUGGUGGCGUCAACACCGGACUUGCCCGGUUUGCAAAAAGCGUCUUGGGGCCAACGAUUUUUAUCAGAUCACAUAUAAACCUCAGGAGUUUGUGGUCCAGGAGGAGAAAUCAUCAUCAAACAUUAUACUGGAACAACAUUCCAGCAAUUCUAUAUAUACUGAUAUCGGAUCAGGGACUCUACACGAAAUCAAAAAUAUUGACCUGAAAGACUCAUUUGGAACCAAGAUCGACACCUUGGCACGCCAUAUUCUGUGGCUGCGAGAACAUGACCCCGGUGCUCAAUCCAUUGUCUUUUCUCAGUAUAAGGGCUUUCUUGACUACCUAGCAAAUGCAUUCAGGCGCUUCAAGAUCGGGUACAGUAGUGUCGAUGAAUCAGACGGCAUAGAAAAGUUCAAGAAGGAUCCUGGGAUCGAAUGCUUUCUCCUGCAUGCGAAGGCGCACUCGUCAGGCCUUAACCUGGUUAAUGCAACUCACGUCUUCCUCUGCGAACCCCUGAUCAAUACGGCUAUUGAAUUACAAGCUAUUGCACGAGUGCAUCGUAUCGGGCAGCAUCGGCCGACGACAGUCUGGAUGUACUUGAUCUCCGAUACGGUUGAGAAGUCAAUAUACGACAUCUCGGUCUCUCGCCGCCUAGAUCACAUUAUCCAGAAGGAACGGGAACAAAAGGCCGGUGCACCCACGGCUCCUGAAAACAGAGUGAACAGACCUGCAAUUGGGGACCUUAGCGAGGUAGCUAUUGAUUCUGCUAACUCCAUGGAGGUACAAGAUGCACCACUGGCCAAGCUGAUGGAGGGCGGCGCAUAUGGUGGCGAACGGGUCAAGAAGGACGAUUUGUGGCAGUGCCUGUUCGGUAACCCAAGACGACAACAACAUAUGAACGACUCGUCAAGCGCCAACAGUGAUGUCGCCAGAUUCUUGAGAGCUGAGGCAGCCGAGCAGCGAAGAACAUCUUCGAAGGGUGGUGAAUAG